UCAGCUCUUCUACAGACGGACCCAUGCGCCCCAGUUCACCGGCCCCUUGCUGUUCCCCCGCAACGCGUCCCGCUACAACAUCUCCCAGCUCGAUCCUUCUCUGGUCUAUGAGAUCAAGAUGCUCGCCUUCAACCAGCACGGAGACAGCAACACCACCGUGCGCUUCGUGUCACUAAGGGAGACGGUGGAGAAAUCAGGAUGUGUGUGUGUCUCCUCAGUGCUGAGCACGCCGUGCGACUGCGUGAGGGACGACUACGCCAGGACGUCCACCACAGGCAUCAUCAUCGGCAUCCACAUCGGCAUCACCUGCAUCAUCCUGUGCGUGGUCUUCCUGGUGUUCAGCUACAGGGGCAGGUUAUUGAUGUGCAAGACAGUCCAGGCCACCCCCCAGCCGGGCGGGCCUCUGCGCUGGAGUCGUCGUCGUCCCAGGGCAUCAGGGAUGAUGAGGGCCCCCUCAGGAGGGAGGUGGAGGGGAACGGCAGCGUGGCCCGCAAGAGCUUCCCUGAGAGCAACGAACUGCAGAGACUCUUCUCUCUGGUCCCAAACCGGGAGACACGUUCAUGUCAGAAAACACCAUGCAGCUCUCUACAAUACCCCUCGACGAGUUCAGCUUGGAGAGAGACACCGAGGCGCAGUUCCAGCAGCCGACUGCAGAGGGCGUUCCGCGUCAGGACCAAGGCUAACGAUGUAUGAAGGCCCAUUUCUCACACCACUCUCCACAGUGGCGUGGACUCUUUCGCUCACUCAGGUUACACCUUUUUUUCUUUAUUUUUUUAAAUCAAUAAGUUACAAAUUAUAUAAGGUCCGAGACCGAGCCCUGCCGUGCAUGUGGCCCGGUAUUGGAAAGCUAUCGGAGAAAAAGGUGCUCGCAGUUAGCUUUGCAAGGCCGCUGAACGGUCGGCUCGGUUAAUUCGGUACUUCUUUCGGAUUUCCUUGAUUCAUUUUUUUCCGUUUUAAUUGCCCGCGCACGCUGUCCGAAUAUUGAAAUCUCUAAAUAUAUAAUAAGUGCUACAUGAUGCGUAUUUAUUGGUGUUAGCACUACUUCUAGCGGAUGUGAUAGACUGCUGCUGUCCACACUCCUCCUACCCAUGAUUCCUCAGCCUCGGCGCCAGAAGACUUUGGCGCUCCUCCAGGGAGUUCAUAGAUUCUGUCUCAGGACUUUGUUUUUUUCAUAUCAGCAGUUUAUAUUUUCAGUUUUUUUAUUUUAUUUUUCAGCCUUCGUACACGCGAUAGCCUGGCUAUGUGAACUUUUUAGGACUGAACAAAACCUACCUCAGCCGUGAUGAAUGUGUUGUGUGGAAGCUUUAGGCGUGUGUCUUCCCUUGUGUUCAAUGACUUUACAUGCGGAAGGACGGACUCGACAGGAAGCCCCAUGAUCAGGUGCCGUGCUACCUCAGAUGUCCCCCAACUGUCACCCCCCCCUCCCCCUUCAUCCUCCCAACCAGCCCCCCGCCCCCCUGCUCCUGCUCCUCAAAGCGGAACAAAAGAAAAAUAAACGGAAAUCCAACAUAAAGCACUUCCAAACGCUGAAGUUCAAAGUUCUACCUCAAGAAGAUGUUGUUUGCGCUGUCGUUGUUGUCGUCGUUGUGUCUGAGUGUCUGUGUGUUGCAUAAUGAGAUGUCCCAUUCUCUGAGCCUCGCCCUCUUUUACACCAUUGUCAGUAGCUCCCGAGAGCUGAAAGGCUAACAAGAUCGAUUUCUUUAAUUGUUAUAUGUUUUAUAGUGUUCCAGCGUAGUCUUUUGGGAUUUUGUUAUAUUACUCGAAGAUCAAAUUCAGUCUCAGUUGCUGCAUUGGAAUAAAAAGACUGUUAUUGAAUCAUUGCACCACUAAGAAUACUUUUCAGGAAUAUCUACUGCAAAGCGAUUAUAUGCUACUUAUGAUGGAUAGCAUUCAAAACAAACUCACAUCCUUUAUCCGGAUCUCAGAAAAACUGCUAGGGUAAACAGAUUAUGUGUGUGUGUGUGUGUGUGUGUGUGUGUGUGUGUGUGUGUGUGUGUGUGUGUGUGUGUGUGUGUGUGUGUGUGUGUGUGUGUGUGUGUGUGUGUGUGUGUGUGUGUGUGUGUGUGUGUGUGUGUGUGUGCACAUAUAUGUGAGGGUGUUUAUGUGUGUGUGUUCGAUUUGCUAAGUUGGUAUAAAUAUGUGAUGUAUGUCUAUAACAUUAAGCACAACAAUACAUGGUGUUAGGGUACCAGAGCUCAUAACGAAAUUACCCAAUAUAAAUGUGCGAGUGUAAAUUACUGUGUUAUUUUAUGGUUUAAGUCUUGAUUAUUCUCAAUGAUAAACGAUACGUUUCUGCAUAGUUUUGAUUACCUCUGUUAAGGUGCAGCCCUCUAGUGCAUUGAAGGACCACUCUGGCCUGUUUGUCUUCACUCCAGGUGUUAAACUCUUGACUUGACUUGACUUGCUUGCUUAAGGAAUACAAUAAUGAUAGAGCUAGAUGCCAGCUAAGCAGAGAAGGACUAUAGAGAGAGGGGUUAGAUAAGCGUAAAAGAGGUAGGAACACACUAGAAGGGUAGUCUCUAUCCUCUUGUCCCUGGAGCAUUCUAUUUCCUGUCCGCGAUUGUCAAUCAGGAGUUCCUCAGAUACACGCUGGUUGCCUGGUUACCUACCUCAGCCUCUGAUUGGGUCCCAGCUCAGGUUACUUCCUGCUUGAAGGAAACCACACAGACACAUACACAUAAACAAACAGACACACACAGAGGAAGGGUUACAUUUGAGGACCUUGACGUUGUGUAUUAACUAUUUAACUUGGAUUAACAGUUUCUUCAACAGUUUUUUCUUUCUGGAAUGUAAUUGUAUAAACAAUUUCAUGGUGCGCUUAUUUUAUGUAUUUCUAUUUUUAUUAUUAUGUUCUUGUUUGUUUGUCGAUUGCUAUUGAUAUAUAUUUUAUUGUAAACACACACAUCUCGCACCACGGUACAGUGUCCGUUGACCCAAAGGGAUUUGAUUAUCUUUCCCGUUCCAACUGCUCCCCCUCUCUGCCCUUCCCUCAAUGCUCUUCCUGUUGAUCAGUCUCACCUACCACUGUACUACUUAAGCACGGCAUGCUAGGGGUAGUGCUGCUUGAUAUGCAAAUCCAAUCGCAGCGGGUAUUGUGAGAGUGUUGUAUGUCCGUGAUGUACACUGCGGAACCCACCAGGCCCACGCCCAAGGCCAGAGCCACGGCACGUCUUCACCCACCCGGAAACAACCGUCGGCGACAUAUCGUCAUGUCUUUGUAGUCAUUUUUAUGUUGUUUCACCCGUUUCGCUCAACAGUUUCCUCUCCUUUUUCUCUCCAUUCAUCUUUUGUACAUAAUUGUACUCAUUCUUGGUGUGAUGUUCAAAGUAUUAUGUUACAAAACGUCCAGCAUAAGAGACUCCAGGGUCAAACAUCCUCCACCUCCCGUGUGGAACUGUGUAUAAUUGAUACAUAUAUAUAUAUAUAUAUAUAUAUAUAUAUAUACGUGCUCACAAGCACAGAUGUACUUUGUAUUGAUGGGAAAGAAGAAACUCGGCACCUUUCAUCUCUCCUCAGCCAUGCUCGGUUGGCUCUUCCAUAGGUUCAGUGUUGUGGCCUUGCAGGUUUUAUUAGCAUCCACCUCAAGCUGGUUCAGUGAGGGCGCAGGGGAAGUGCACAUUUACACUCACUUGAUUACUUUCUCGUGGACAAAAGGUUGGCUCUAGCAGCUGUUGCAGAUUUCCUUUCUCUGUGUUGAAACCUGGCGAACUGUGAACACUUCUAGAUAGAGCAGUCAGGGAGCUAGGUUGCUAACGUUAACGCCAUUUUUCCAUCAUCGUACCGAUUCUCUCAAACUAGCUAUAACUAAUACUCAGGUCCAUAUGAAAUAUACAGAAGGAGGAGAGCCCAGAGUUGGUGGUUUUCGUUAAGUGUGAUGGUCUUUGCCUGACGUUUAAAGUCGUAAUGUGUAAGAUUAAGCUCCUCCAAUGCGGGGGAUAUUCAGAAUUACAAAAAAAUCAAUAGUGUUCUGUCCUCUCUAACUGGAUGUGCAACAGUGUGAUGCAAACUAGCAUAGCUCGACUAGGUGGCGUCUGUGGGAGUGUCAAUUCUUGUAAACAGAGAGGUACGGGCUGGCCAGCAUUUUUCCUUGGUAAAAUAUGUUAUAGGAUGGGAUUUCUUUGAUUCAAAAUCACUAUAAUUCAGCAUUGACUACAGAUAUGUCACGGUCAUUUUAAGCUUGGAACUAGUCGCAAUGUUACACAUUGCGACUUCAACUAUCUGAGGCCGUUAUGCGGUUCAGCCAAGAGCUUCCUGCUUUGUGGUGUUGACCACGUUAACCUCUGGAGAGUGGAGGGUAGGCAGGCUCUGGGUGACUGAGACAAGCUCCUUUCCUCCAUGCUGGCCCCAGGUGUAAAGCGCUGGAGUCAGGCCAUCCUCUGACGGCGAGCCCUGCUCUCCCUGGGCGUGGCUUCCAGUCGGAGACCUCUGCUCCAUUAUGAGGUAUCCAUCACUCUGCCACCAAAUGACCAUGCCAUAUGAUUGUGAAUCGACUACAUUUCAUAUGCAUUUAUCUUUCUGAUGUCCUGCUCCGAAACGACUGUACGUGUCAAAUAAUGCUGAAUUUAAAGAUUUUUCUAGUCAUUUAUACUGUUGUCAAAUGGUGAUGAAAUGUAAAUGUGAUUUAUUGUCUGCAAUCAGUAUUCUAUUUCUAUUCCUCUGUGCAUAAGGCAGACUAAAUCCAAUGUAUGUAAAGGCCAGUAGAGGCAGAAAAGACCUUAGAAAAGUGGAAAAUAGCAGGCGGCUAACGUGUACAUUUAGCUGAGAUGAAGUGUGGUAGUUCUUUCAUUAUUGGACUUGUGGUGAACACUGUGAUAUUGAAGCCCGGCCCGGCCCCCUAUAUGGUGAUGUUAACGUCCUAAACACUCAGUCACUCCCAUUGAAAGAGGCGGCGUGUUGAUGAAGGCAGGUUGUCGUGACCCGAACCCAAACCCAACAUACACACACACAUCCCAUCCUUGUCACCGUGACGAUGUAUUGGGGCUAGGGGUGGGCGGGGGUAAGGGGGGUGAGUCCUCAGGACUUCAGGAACAACGGGGUUUCUGCCUUCUUUCUUGUUGUCGCUUUUCUUUUACCGGUCGUACUCUCUCUUUCUGACGCUGUGUGUGAGUGUCACUUGUUCUUCAUGCUGCAUCUGAGGGAGAAAGGGUGGACUCACCUUACAGCAGGGCGUUUGCUGUGCUCUAAGUAAAAAACAACAACACAAAACACACACAACAAAGCAAAAAGAGACUCGAGCCAUUCUUCCGGCCUAUCACAGCCGGCGUCGUUUUGACUCCUGGCAGUUUCCAAAACGCCGUGAUUGAAGCACCUCUGGUCUGCGGCGAGCCGGCCCUUCGUAGCCUCGAUGAGUGGGUACUCAGUGUGUGUGAGGAGUGCCCCAGGCUGGAUGCAUCAGGGUGAAAAAACAGCCACGGCACGGAGAGAAUGGCUGCACUGCCCUUGCCCCCCGGUUAUGCCGCUUAUCUUCUAUGUGACGCAUGUUUAUUGGCAUUUCCUGGGAAGGCGAACUGUGUUUGGGUGCUGGUUUCAAUGUGUUUGGAUGCGGUUAUUGAUAUGAUAUACAGUCACAUGACGUGGUAUGUCAUGGUCUACCACAAGCCAUAGGUCCCAGCAGGGUAAGAGAUAUACAAACACUUCCAAACCAGGAGAGACAUCUCGAAAACAUCCAGACGUUUUCUUUAGUAAGCCUACAUAUAUAUUUGAUUUAGUGGAUUCAUGAUAGAGGAGAAAAAGGCUGACUUUUUGUAACCACUAUAACAAGAACGCUAACAAUUACCUUUAUGCUCUGCAGUUUGUGUUCAUUACUGCAGGGUUAGAAUACGGUGCUAGCCUGAAACCAAAUGCUGUAUUCAAUACUGUGCCCAGCCAGCACUGUAAGCUAACUCACUAAGCUAGCUCACUCUGAGCCAACAUGACGACUCCUCCUCACCAGGCUAAACUAGCCACCCAGAGGGAGAGAGAGAGAGAGGAAGACAGAGAGCCAUGGAGAAAGACAGUCUCACUGUCCAUCUCUCUAUCUGUCCUUUCAACUUUCUGUCUGUCUGUCGAAUCUCUCUGUCUUUCCAUCUGACUUUCUGUCUCUGUCCAUCUCUUUGUCUGUCUAUCUGACUUUCUGUCCGUCUAUACAUCUGUCUGUCUGUCAGUGCCUCUGUCUGCCUUUACUGUAUCUGUCACACUCGAAUUCCGGUGAAGAAAUAUUUUCUCAAAGCAUCAUCAGGGAUCGCUACUGUCGUUUUUAAACUGUGCUAUUCUUAAAGAUGUAUACAUAUUGACAUAUACUGAAUGUUGCGUAUGUGUGUAUGUAUAUGUGUAAAAAGACAUUGAUUGACCAUGUUAAUGGUUUGUAUCGUUUUAGAGUUCCUUGUGCAACACUGAUCGAAGAAACAACAUUGAUAAAAUAAUAAACUAGAUCUAGUAAAAAUA